AUGGCUCAGCGAUUCUUCGACCGGUUCGCGAAUGCUCCGGAUCGUGGCAAGGAGGAGCACAAAAAUGAAGAACAUGGCCUGUCCGAUUUUCUAUCCAAGUCCCAGCGCGGGGACCUGAUGGUACUGAUCUCGGCUGCUUUGGAGCAGAUGCGGAAAACAAUACUGGAAAGCUUCGAAGCGCUGCCCGUCCCUCCGAAAGAGUCACCAAAGCCGAAGAAUGAAGAUGCUCGAGAUUGGAGUGGGGUCGAGCAUGACGUCCCGUCGAACACAACCGAGGAAGGUGUAAGACGUGCAGUUGGCUUGGAUCCCAGAUCGAGAAAGGCAGCACUGGCGUACUUUGAAGAAUGGCAGAAUUCAGUCUUCUUGCGGGUCGGACAGGUUGUGAACGAACGGGAAGAUUCACAAGAUGGUCAGACUCCUGUCAAGAAGUUUCCCGAGGAUCUUAUAGAGCUAGAAGAAGAGCACUCGAAUCGACUACAGCAAGUAUAUCAACCUCUCGAUAAUUCCCUUCGAGAAGGACCCAAGGCGCAACGGCUACUUAUCUUACGUUCUCUACUACUCUUGCUUCUCGGCUUKGAGCAUUACAAUGCGUACUCGCGAGUGCUUCUACUGCACGUCACCUCUUCAUUGAACCUUCAGACCAGUGACCUCAACGAUAAUGAAGCCAAAAUAGCACGUGGACUACUUGACACCGCAGUAGCCAUGACAGCAGAUGAAGAAGCAAAAAAGAAGGCAGCGGAAAACCAGGAACUCCGAAAAUGGAAGGUUGGCUUUGCGACAGUAGCUGGUGCAGCUCUCAUCGGCAUUACUGGCGGUCUUGCCGCACCCCUGGUAGCAGCCGGACUUGGUACUGUGAUGGGUGGACUAGGUCUUGGAGGGACUAUCGCAGCUUCUUACCUGGGAGCGCUCGCCAGUAGCGGGGUAGUAGUGGGCGGCCUCUUUGGGGCCUACGGUGGGAAAAUGACCGGAAAGAUGAUGGACAGAUAUGCUCGCGAAGUUGAGGACUUUGCUUUCAUACCUCUGCGAGGUAAAAUGACAAAGAAAUUAAAGGAUGAAAAAGAAGCCGCAAAAGAAGACCACCGCCUGAGGGUGACAAUUGGUAUCACAGGCUGGGCCACUGAAGAGAACAAUAUAACUGAACCAUGGCGAGUCAUCGGACCCGAGUCGGAAGUAUUUGCACUCCGAUGGGAAUACGAGGCAUUACUCAAACUUGGAAACUCAAUGCGUGCUCUGGUCGCCACGGCAGCAUGGAAAGUGGCGAGCCAUCAAAUCCUCAUCCGAACCGUCUUUGCGGGCAUCAUGAGCGCGGUAUUUCUGCCCCUGGGUCUCGUGAGACUUGCCAAAAUCGCCGCAAACCCUUUCAGUGUAGCCAUCUCACGAGCCGACAAAGCCGGCGAAGUCCUGGCCGACGCUCUGAUAAACGGAGCACAAGGGAAACGACCCGUGACCUUGAUCGGGUACUCUCUCGGCUCUCGAGUGAUCUAUUCAUGUCUGCAAAGUCUAGCGAAAAGACGAGCCUACGGUCUCAUCGAAUCAGUUGUUCUCAUGGGCUCUCCCGUCCCCGCAGACGCAGCUGAAUGGCACUCCAUGCGUGCCGUAGUCGCCGGUCGACUGGUAAACGUCUACUCAGAGAACGACUCUGUCCUCGCCCUUCUCUACCGCGCCACGCACCUCGAAGUCGACAUCUCAGGCCUCCAGCCCGUCACCGGCGUCCCGAAUCUCGAGAACAUCGACGUUAGCGCUACGGUGUCGGGCCAUCUACGCUAUCAAUUCCUCGUCGGCCAGGUCCUGACAGAUAUCGGAUUCGAGGAGAUUGAUGCAUCCGAACUCGAAAUGGAGAAAUUGGCUCUGUGGAAUCAAGAUGAGCAAAUCGAGCGCGAACAAGCGGAGAACGAAAAACGGAAACCCGCGACAAAAGAAAAAGAAAUCAAACGGAAACCCGUACUACCAGCCCGGCCACCCGCCGAAGCUAAACCAGACGGUUGGCCGUUCGAAGCGUUACCUACCGAGCAAUCUGAGCAAACAUUGACCGUCAAAAACCCCACACCAAUGGAAGAAGAAGAACAACCCUCCCACCACCCUCUCUCCUCCGUACGCAAUCAUCAUAAUGAGGAGAAAGAGGAGGAACACACCUCGGAUGAAUCCGAUCAAGAAGAUCAACUAAACUUCAUAACAAUGAUCGACGAAGAGGACGAGGCGCGUCUGCAUGCGGAAAUUGAACAGAGGACGCAGGAGCAGAUGAUCAGUUGGAGGACGAGGAAGAUGCGUGUUGAUCGGGAUUGA